AUGCCGCUUGAUCUUGAAAAAAAGUUACUCGAUUUUGCAGACAACCGAGCUAGGAUGGGCAUUGGUUUUGGAAAAGAACAAUUCUUGGUAUAUGCUGGCAAGCUUGCCAAAAAAUAUGGAUAUUCUUUUAAGAAUGGCAAACCAUCUAAUAAAUGGUGGCGACUACUUAACAAUCGACAUAACAAAAAAGUAACUCUUCGACAACCAGAAUCAACAGCAUCAGUUCGUCAUCAAUGCAUGAAUCUGAUAAAGGUGCCAAAUUAUUUUACUGCACUUAAAGAAGUCAUUAAAGACUGUCAGCCUGAAGUAAUAUGGAACAUGGAUGAGACAGGACUGCAGCUAGACUUUAAUGCGCACAAAAUAGUUGCUGCAAAAGGUACAAAAUAUUUACAUAUGAGAACAAGUGGAAAUCGAGAAAUGAUUACUUUAAUUGUUUGUGUGAAUGCAGCAGGAAGAGCCUUACCACCUCAUGUGAUUCCAAAAGAAAAGACAGUAAAAUCCCUUCAAAGUUUUCAAAUUCUAGAUGCCCCUGAAGGAACCAACUGGAGUCCAAGUGAAUCUGGAUGGACUAAACAAGGGAUUGCAAAACUAUGGUUUGAGCUUACAUUUUUAAAAAACAUUGGACCACAACGUCCACAAGUUUUAAUUUUAGAUGGCCACGAUUCCCAUAAUUUCGUAGAGUUAAUAGAUAUGGCCAUACAAAACCGAAUUGAAAUUGUUGAAUUACCUGCUCAUACAAGCAAUUGGCUUUAA